ACCCAUCCAGACGUAUAAUUUUGCAUCAUAAUCAGAAAAUUCCGAAAAUUCAUAAAUAUUUUAUAAAAUCGGCGGCUUUGCGGGCAUCUCAUCUGCAAAUCUUGCAAAUAAGAUGCCUGGUUCUAUACCUCAACAUGAACUGCAAUGUCGGUGAGGUGGAUGCUUCAACAUCGCAGAAUAAAAACAACUUGGGCGCGCAACCAAAUGUUUAUAAGAGGCAGCGCACUGAAAAUGAAUCAGAUUAUAAUGAAAUCGUAAUCCCGGAGCUCAGGGAAAGACUGAAGAGGCACAAGCAGACAGAUGACAACCCAUUUGGUAUCCUCAAUGUUCUCACUCAAGUGGAUUUUGCUUCCGCGGCCACGCAAGCCACCCAGCCAGAUACUGAUAAUAAAAAUAAGAACAAUAAUAACAUCAACAACAACAAUAGUGCGACAAGGCCAAAAUGGUGUCCACCAAUUUUUAUUUACAAUGUCAACAUUAAGGCGCUUGUUGACUCCUUAAGGGAGACAAUACCAAAGUUUUCUUUCAAGGUAAAGAAUGUGAACAAAAACAAAAGUAAAUUGUUUUUUUCCGAUCCGUCUGUCCAUUCGUCAAUGAUGGCCCUUUUACGUGAGAAGGGUGUACAUUCAUAUUCUUUUACGAAAGAAUUAAAGCGGCCGUCCUUUGUUUUACGAGGGCUUACGGCGAACACUGAAAUAGAGGAUAUUAUAUCUGAAUUAGAGGAGGUCAUUCCAAAUACAGUUUCAAAUGUUGCAAAAUAUAAAACACCAAAAAACAAUGAGACUAGACUCUUUUUAGUGUCAUUGUUGCCAGGAAAAAAAAUCUCUGACAUUUCGAACAUAAAAGCUUUGCAAAGUCAAAUCGUAUCCUGGGAAAACCAAGGAGGAAGGACAAUGAAAUUCAAUGUAGGAGGUGUCAGCGUUGGGGCCACAUUGCAAAAAAUUGUAGUUCGUCAUACAAUUGUGUCAAAUGCGACUAAAAACAUGGCCCGGGUGAAUGCCAACGUACAAAGGAGGAUUCAUCGAAUCCCUUUUGUAAUAAUUGCGGUGAGGAGGGUCAUCCAGCGAAUUGGCGGGGAUGUUCUACUUAUAAGAAAUAUGUUGCUGCGCGUCAGCAAAGGAUAGCGAAGGCCAAUGAAGAAAGGGCGCUUGCCAAGGCAAAUGUUCACAAAGCUGUAAACAUUUCGAUGGUUACUCCAGGACAAACGUUUUCCAAUUUGUUUCAUACUCGCCCCUCUGAGCAAAAUACAAUGCAACAAAAACCUGCCAUCAUAGAUCAAUUUUUAAAAUUAGCAUCCCUUUUUCUGGAACCUGAGGAUUUGACUUUGGAACAAGAAGUCAACAUCUUUCUCUCUUAGUAUGCGAGAAUGUCAAAAUCCGGCGGUUAGAAUUAAUUAUGGUCCAUAGGAUCUUAAAAUUACUCACAUACAACGUAAAAUCUAAGGGACCACUGCACAGUAACAAAAUAGACAUCGGCUUCAUACAGGAAUGCCAUCUAAAAAGGAAAAAGAAAGUGAAAUUAGAUGGAUAUAACUUUAUUUAUGAAAAUUCUUCUAUCGGUGUUGCUAUUGUUAUAAGAAAUACAAUACAAUUUAACAGGAUUUUCUUGAUGUUGGCUCAAAUUGAGUUCGCGGGAGAUAAUGCCCGGAGGAGAUUUUUAAUUGGAUCCAUUUAUGUGCACUGCAAUUACCCACCUCAAAGAUUCGAGGCUGAUCUAGCCAAGCUUCUGCAGCUCUGUGCGAAUUUCGAUGACUUCAUAAUAGGAGGUGAUUUGAAUUCUAGGAGUCCAGUUUGGGGCGACAUUAUAGAAAAUUUGAACGGCAAAAUCAUUGGAUCAUUUUUUGAUUAGCCCUCACCUUUUAAACAGGAUGUUACCAAACUUUGAACUCGUGCCACUGCCCUCUUUCUCGGAUCACUUCCCAAUAAAAUUAUCUCUCCAAAUAAAACAUCCAGAAUUCAUAAUGAGAACUCCGAGGACAUAUACCUCUUAUAAAGAAACAGACUAGUCGAAUUUUAUGCACGAUAUGGAUAUCGCUGCAUGUCGAAUGAUGCCCCUUUCGACUGAAAAUCUUGAGAAUGAUGAAAUUGAUGACCUAAUAGACGAAUUUAAAGCGUUUUUCAAUAUCAUUCAUAACACAUUCAAGGCAAACUAUAAUACAAGGCAAUUAAUCUCCAUUAUCGGAAAGAACCAAAAAGUUAUAUAAAAUCAAAUAUGCGUGGCAGAAGGAGCUGAAGAAAAUCUUUCAUCGCACCGGGAACCGCAUUAACAAUUCCAUCAUAAACCUCCUCACCGUUAUUUUUAACCAUUGCAUCAGCAAUGGAUACCUCCCGUCAGAUUGGAAGGCUGCGAAA